AUGGCUGAUUCCGGACGUAGCCCACGCCCAGCUGGUGGAGCUGUCAGGCAGCGUAGAGGAGGAGCAACUGCUGCUCCAGCUCGCGCUCGCGGUGGUAAUAAUGGAGGACUCUGGCGUUUCUACACCGAAGAUUCUACUGGACUCAAGAUCGGACCAGUUCCAGUUCUCGUCAUGAGCCUCGUCUUUAUCGCUUCGGUCUUUGUCUUGCACAUUUGGGGAAAAUUCAUGAGGAGCCGUGCUUAA